AUGUCAAUUCCUCCAGAGGUUCUGUGGGCACAACGCUCUAACAAAGAUGACACUUCAAAGAAUGUUGUUUAUCUCACUAUUCGCAUAGCGGAUCCAGAGAACAUAAAAGUUGAUCUACAGCCAGGAAGCUUAGAAUUUGAUGCUGACUCUAGAGGUUCGAAAUACCACCUGUCUCUUGAGUUUUUUGACGAGGUGGAUGUGGAAAAGUCAAAGUACCAUACAGCUGGUUCACAUUUGUUUUUUGUCCUUCAAAAGAAGAACGCAUCUGAAGAGUUUUGGCCAAGGCUGACCAAGGAAAAGGUUAAGUUACAUUAUCUACACACAGAUUUUGACCGAUGGGUCGAUGAGGACGAGCAAGAUGGCGAAGAAGCUGACCCAACCGUACCUGACCCUUCCCAAGGAAUGGACUUCAGCUCUUUGAUGAACAAUGAGGCACUGUCUCAAUCUCUAUCAAGUGAUGCCGGACAACCCGAUAUGGCUGCUUUAAUGCAGCAACUGCAAAACUCCGGUGCUGGAGGACUUGGGGGAGAAGGAGAUCAAGCUCUUGACCGCGCUUUAGAGGAAGACUCUUCUGAUGAGGAAGAAGAGGAUAAGCAGGAGUAA